AUGAAGGGAUCAAUCUCCUAUCAAAUCUACAAGGGUGCCCUCCUCCUCUCGGCACUCUUGAACUCAGUCCAGGCCCAGCAGGCUGGUACUCUGACGACUGAGACUCACCCAUCCUUGACCUGGUCCAAGUGUACUUCCAGUGGUAGCUGCACUUCCGUGACUGGCAGUGUUGUCAUCGAUUCCAACUGGCGCUGGGUUCACUCUACCAGUGGCUCGACCAACUGCUAUACUGGCAACACCUGGGAUGCCACCCUCUGCCCCGACGAUGCGACCUGCGCAACCAACUGUGCUUUGGACGGUGCUAGCUACUCCAGCACCUACGGUGUUACCACCAGCGGCAGCUCUCUGCGCCUGAACUUUGUCACUACUGCUUCGCAGAAGAACAUCGGUUCUCGUCUGUACUUGCUGGAGAACGACACUACCUAUCAGAAGUUCAACCUGCUGAACCAGGAGUUCACCUUCGAUGUUGAUGUGUCGAACUUGCCCUGUGGUCUCAACGGUGCCCUCUACUUUGUGGACAUGGAUGCCGAUGGUGGCAUGGCCAAGUACUCCACCAACAAGGCCGGUGCCAAGUACGGAACUGGUUACUGUGACAGCCAGUGCCCGCGUGAUCUCAAGUUCAUCAACGGUGAGGGCAACGUUGAAGGCUGGACCCCAUCCACCAACGAUGUCAACUCCGGCAUUGGUGACCACGGCUCUUGCUGCGCGGAGAUGGACGUCUGGGAGGCCAACUCGAUCUCCAAUGCCGUCACUCCUCACCCCUGCGACACUCCCUCGCAAACCAUGUGCGAGGGAGAUGCCUGUGGUGGAACCUACAGCACUGAUCGCUAUGGUGGUACUUGCGAUCCGGAUGGCUGUGAUUUCAACCCCUACCGUAUGGGCGACACUUCCUUCUAUGGUCCUAGCAUGACCGUCGACACUAGCUCCGUCUUCACCGUGGUGACUCAAUUCAUCACCGACGACGGUACCGACUCGGGUACUCUGUCCGAGAUCAAGCGCUUCUACGUACAGAACGGCAAGGUCAUCGGCCAGCCCAACUCCGCCAUCAGCGGUGUUUCCGGUAACUCGAUCACCGACACCUUCUGCAAUGCGCAAAAGACCGCCUUCGGUGACACCAACGACUUCAGCAAGCACGGUGGUAUGGCCGGCAUGAGCGCCGGUCUCGCCGACGGCAUGGUUCUGGUCAUGAGUCUCUGGGACGACCACGCUGCCGACAUGCUCUGGCUCGACAGCAACUACCCCACUGACGCCUCUUCCACCACCCCCGGUGUCGCCCGUGGCACUUGCGAUAUCUCCUCCGGCGACCCCGACACUGUCGAGUCCACCUACCCCAACGCCUACGUGAUCUACUCGAACAUCAAGACCGGUCCUCUCAACUCUACCUUCACUGGCAGCACCUCUGGAUCUAGCUCUUCCAGCACCACCACGACCACCAGCAAGACUAGCACUACUUCUACCAGCAAGACCAGCACCACCACCACUACUACCUCCAGUGGCUCGAGCACUACCGGUGCUGCCCACUAUGCUCAGUGUGGCGGAAUUGGCUGGACUGGCGCCACCACCUGUGUGAGCCCGUACACUUGCACCAAGCAGAACGACUAUUACUCCCAGUGCCUGUAA